CACACAUAUAUUUUGUCUUUUUCAGCUUCCAUUAGAUGAUGUAUAAAAGACCCUUUUGACCAGAUUUGGUCAAUUCUUGUGGCUUUCCCUCCUUUUGCACACUUACUCCCCUGUCGCUGGCAUUGUACACAAGAGAAGACUGAACACUAGACAUCUGUUCCUGUUUCUACAGAGAACGCAAAGAUUGUUCUCAGCCUGCCAAAACGACGUGGAUUCUCUGUUCCUCUGAGAAUUCCUUCACUUCAUCCACAAAUGUGGUAAAAAUGCUCUCCUCAACAAAACUGUUGAGUAACACAGUGUCCGACUUCCCAACCAUUUGUUCGCCGCACUGAAAGGGAGAUCUUUCAAAUGCUGAAACCAGAUUGAAAACGUGCUGUGAAACAGAGACAGUGAUGCCUCACAAAAACACGACUGAGAUCUUUCUUACACCCUAUUUCUCACACAAUGCUUGAAUGGGAGCUUAGAGGGGGAGAAUGAAAAGAGAAAGGGGAGGACAAUUCUUUCAAUUCUUCAGAUGCAACAAAAGUCUUUGUCUACAAUGUCCCUCCAUUCUUAUUGGGGUUACUGAAGGGGAAGGGGUGGAGGGGCUGGUUUUCCAUGGUAACAGUGACAAAACAAGCUGGUCCCAGAGCAAAGAGGGAGACAAGAGAGACACACAAAAACAUGCUUCAAAUCCGGGAUAGAAUCUCUGUAUCAAUCUCUGCAAUUUAGUUAAAAGAAACAGACAGUGUGCAAAAGGACUUAUGUGAAAGGAUGGACACUUGACUUGGGAAGAUGAAAAAUACUGGACAUUUGUGAGUAAUAUUAAAGCACCCAGUCCCUUCUGGAGGGACGUUUGGACCGGGACAUACCCUUCUUCAUUUUCAUUCAAGGUUAUUGCUUUUCUGGAAAUCAUAAUGAACUCUGACACUCAGUAUGAGGACACGGUGUCCAUCAUGGUCUUGGAGAACAUCAAGUACAAACUGCUUCAUGCCUUCAGAACAUCAGGAGAAUCAAGAACCUCUGCUGAGACAGCCACUUGUCCGAUAAAUGUUGGAAAGAGUGUACAAGUAAACGAAGAGCUUCGAAGAGCCAAAAUAGAUGGAGCCUUAACGUGGUUAAGAUCAGAACUGCUGGAGAUGCGGUUUCAAGACCGACAGCUGGCUCAGACUCUACUUGGACUCAACAGGGAGAUUCAAAGACUCAGACAGGAGAAUGGUUCCCUGCUUCUGGAGCCUGACAACAGUGAUCACCUGGAGACAUGUACCAGGCAUCUGUCAGUGACAAAUAAGCGAACGCAUAGACAGUAACCUAAGUGUCUUCUUUGUGUUUAUCAGCGUAAUGGUGAUUUUCUUCAUGAGAGCAAUGGAUGUUUAAAAGAGGAUUCUAGCAAAGUAAGUAUUCUAUACAAAUCCAUGAUGUAAAAAAAAAAAAAAACGUUUGUGACAAAACUCACUUUCUUCUCCUUGAGGGCACUUUAUAUCUUUAACUAAUUUUUGAAAUCUCUUGUGGAAAUAGACACUGUUUAUGAAAGCAGUUUUCAUGUAUGUGAAAAUCAAACCAAAUAUCAGUCAAACUGGAUGCUAAACAGUAGACUGGUAGAGAUAAACUGACUUUUUUAUGAACAUAUUUAGACAUUUUCUAUUAUAGAUUUCUCUAUUGAAUCAUAUGGUUAUGUGUUGUAUGACUGAGAGAGCAAGUGUUGAUUGACUUAUGGAAUUAAAUAUGUGCAUAGUGUAUGC